AUGGAUCAAGGGAAAGAAGAAAAGAAGUUCAUAGAACAACACAGCCGUAACAAUGAUGGACAAACUGAGAAAUUGAUCCCCCAGCCUACAACAGCUAAUAUGAGGGACGGUGGUUGUGGGCAGUUAAUGAGAGCUAUGGGACUUGAAGAUGACAGAAAUCAAUACAUUUCGAUCCAGGGUGAUGUGCACUUGCUGUGUGCUCAAGUAGGACUCAACUUCAGCACAAAAUAUGUUCAUCAACCUGCAGAAAUUUUAAGUAAAAUUUUCAAACUGGCUCACCGUGAGCACCCUUACCUCAAGCGGUUCCAAAAUGACUGGGCUACAGCCAAGAUAACAAAACAGUACCUGCAAAACAAAAGAAAACAAUCCAACCACAAGAGGAAGGCUCGAGAUGAGGGGAACAGUGGUUGGCACAAGACAUGUUCUUGUUUCGACAUGGGUGGUAGUGAGUCAGAGGAAGAAGGGGAAGACGAAAGCAGCGACCAUGGGAGUGGCGACAAGAACAACGAGGGAGACAAUGUGGGCGAAUCAGGAUAA